AUGUCAAGAUAUUCCUCUAAGGAGCAAUGUCCUUUUUACACUGAAAUAAUUGCUUUGGUUUCAGAUGGAAAGAGAAAGUGUGGCUUCCUCGAUUUGAAGUGUCUACAGAAACACAGAGAGGAACUGGAGGCGGAGCAGGGUGAGAGCUGCAGCUGCGCCCCGGAAUGCUCCUCAGUGGAGUAUCUCGCCGAGGCGUCCACUGGCAUCCUGGGGGCGGCUCGCUACCCAGCUUCCGAUCACCUCAUGGAUGGCGUGAAUGACAGUUCUAUCUCUGAAGUGAUGCUGAUCCAUGUCUUCUUUGUGGAUUUGGUGGGCACCCGAUACCGCAGGGAUGUCUACUCUACAUGGCGUGGGCUGCUCGUGGGCGUGUGACGUGUUGCAGCGUCAGUAGGCGGUUUACUGGGGCUGUGUAUGGGAGUGAGCCUGCUCAGCUGCUUCGAACUGGCGUACUUCUUCA